AUGAAAGGACACGUCUUGUUAAUGUUAGUUUUGGUGAAGAAUAUUAUAAAUCAUAAAAUGGAAAAAAUUAUCAAGAUUCAUCAAACAAUUGUUGAUAAUGAAAGAAAUCUUAAUAAGAUUAUUAUUGAUAAUAAUGUUAUGAAAAAUAAUAUUGCAAAUCUCACUACAAUUUCUUUUCCUGUUUAUCCACUUUCUUCUCUUAUUAAUUUGUCGUCUUUGGAUAUUGAAUCUAUCACAAUUCUCAAUAGAGUUAAUGACUUUGCUUUAGACUCUCUUAAAAAUUUAUCUCAGAUUGAAUAUUCAUUAAAAGAAAAACAAGAAACACUCAAAUCCAUUGUUUUUGAUAAAGUACACACUCAAAAGUUACAAAGAGAUGAAUUUGAAAAACAAAAAAGUGAAAUUCUCAGUAGAAUCCAAAGUAAAAACCAACAAAUCCAAAGACUUCAGAAAGAAAUUGAGAAGGUGCUCUAUGAAAUUAACACCAAAAAACAAACUAUUCAAACAAAGAACAUUCAAAUCAAUCAACUCAAAACUAAAAAGGAGUGUGAAUUCAGAAAUUUAUUGUGUUCUACUAUCCAUUUAAAUCAUAAUAAAGAGGCAUCUUCUAUUCCUCCAAAACCUCCUAAACAAAAACAAAAAAGAACGAGAAAACAAACUGUACUCUUUCCAAACUUGGUGAAGUAA